AUGCAAACGAUAAGCGUCCAGCAACCAAUUAAUUUGAAAGUCGUGAGGUUCGAAUUAGAUUUUUCAGACUUAGUGAAUGAAAAUCCGAGCCCUGUAAGAAGGAAAUCCAAGAAAAUUAAGGUUCCGAAGAUCAACAACAAAAAGCAAUCUGCCAUACCGCCCCCGCCGUUGUUAAAGAAUACUUCUCAGAAACCAGGUGUUAAAGACUUGGUAGAAGAUUUACUUGACCAAUUGUAUUCCAAACAAAGGGACUGGAGUGGGAUCGACUGUAGUCAAUCCACGUCAGCAUCGUUUACUUCUUGCCAAUCGAAUUGUGGGGAAAAAACUGAAGCGAUAGAACGAAGUUAUUUGGAAGCUUUGGAAAUCAAUGAACUUUGGGAGCAAAAGGUCGAAUGGGAAGAAAGACUUCAAGCAACGGGAGAGAGACUUGCGAAAUGCGUUCGAAUUCGAGACCGUCUGCGGCGGCAACAGAACAGAAUCUGCGCGGCUUUCACCGUUCUUUUACGACAUAUUAGUAAGUUUACUCAUUAA